AUGAAGAUGGCUGAGGAAAAGAACAUGGAGGAGGCGGAGACGGAGGUGAAGCUUCGCUGCGGUGUGUAUGGCGAAGGGAGCGUCUUCUCCGUCGAGAUCCAGCGCAAUGCAGAUGUGGAGGCACUGCAGGAGAAGAUCGCUGGCAUCUUGAGCACCGAGUAG